CUUUGUUCGCCACAGUGGCAUGAACCUAAAAACAUUGAUUUGUUAACUUCGCAUAUGAUAUACUGUACAUGUAACGUUAGCGUUUGGACGAGAUGACUUCUGUGCAAAGAAAGAUCCCAUAUACAACUAAAGCCCCUAUUAGACAGGGCAUAUACAGCCAGGCUGUCGUGGUGGAUCGCACAAUGUAUAUCUCAGGACAGCUGGGCAUGGAUGUAUUAUCAGGACAGCUGGUUGCAGGAGGAGUGCAGGCCCAGGCCAAGCAGGCUCUUAUUAACAUGGGGGAGAUUCUAAAAGCCGCAGGAUGUGGAUAUGAAAAUGUUGUCAAGACAACGGUGCUGCUGGCAGACAUAAAUGACUUCAAUAAUGUCAAUGAGGUUUACAAGCAGUUUUUCACCUGUAAUUUUCCAGCCAGAGCUGCCUAUCAAGUAUCUGCCCUGCCCAGAGGUGGACUUGUUGAGAUUGAAGCAAUCGCUGUGUUGGGACCCAUCACUGAUUCCUCCUGACUAUCUGACCACAGCAUGCAUCACAAACUCUAAAUGGUGACAGACAGUGGCCCCAAAAAAGCAACUACACUAAAACCCCCUAUAAAUACACAUCCCCUGCACUGAGAUCAAUUGCAGUUAUAUAUACAGUAAUGGUGAUUAUUGUAUUACAAAGUAAAAAUACUGUUGAUCUGUCAUCAAUUUACUUAUGACAUCUAAAAUACCAACAUUUCUAAAUAUAGUCA